CAUGAUCAUCCUCCAUCGAUAACCAAAGAUAGCGAGCGCCGAGCGCCUGGCGGGCCCAAAUCCGCGAACAAAACCGCAAAAACCAGCGCAGGAGCGUUCCUAGACAUUCGCAACGAAGACAUGGCCCCACCUGCCUCCCCGAGUACUCCGAGCCAUCCCGAAACUCCUGAUGAUAUGGAGCGUCUUUGCGAAAGGCCUGCUAUGUCUACGGUCGGAACCCUGGUCGCCUAUACGUCCGACGGUGGUUAUGAACUGUCGCCAUACUCCAUCGCGUCAUCGAGUUAUCUUUCUCUAGACUUAUCAGAGGAUACUUCGGGUGUCGAAUACUCUCCUUUUGAAUAUGGGCUCCUCGAUCCCGCUCGGGAAUCGCCCAGAUCGAUUUGGCUUCAAACCCACUAUGCUUUCCUUCCUCAUGACGAACCGUCCUACGACGCUCAAAGUCCCCCGCCUGCGACUGAACUGUCUCCGAUCAUGCAGGGGCUCUGUCUCAAGGACACGCCAAUCGAGUCAGAUUGUCAAAAUGAUGGUGCUGUAUGCGCGACCUUCGGCAUGUUUGACUCCUUCGGCGUGGCGGAACAUAGUCUGCUGUUCGAAACCCCUCCACCGCUGUCUGGCACCCAGAAGCUGUGUCUUCGCGCGGGAAGCCAACCAGAUCUGUUGCACCCCAACACAGCUUUGGGUACGGAUCGUUCUGGAGACCAUCGUCGCUGGUCGGAUGUAGGCCGGAGGCCCCCAUAUGACGACCGCUUCCUGCAACCUCAAGCAAGUCCUUCCGGCUCUUUCUCCGACUACGCGCUCUCCUCUGGCCUCCCGAGCCCGAGUGCCAGUCCCGACUUUGGAGCGUCCACCUCGAGCAUUCCGUUGCCGGCUCCUGUGUCCCGAGCAAACGCGCUCGCCUCGGAAAAACGUCGCAAGCACGAGCGCAGGUUCCAAUGCUCCAUGUGUAGGCUGAGAUUUACCACAAAGAGCGGUGUCCGCAAUCACGAGGAUCGGCAUUAUGGCAUAUAUAGAUUUGCUUGUUCGUGUGAAAACAAAUUCCGUACAAGCCAUGAUCUGAAGAGACACUUGUCGAAGAAGUCCGAUGGUCACUGGCCGGUCGCCGUGUGAAAGAUGCGGCCACCUCACCGUGACUGAACAUCUGUCUAUGUAAUAACAUUUAUUGCUCACUUGCUACGUCCGAUUCCAGUUGCACAUACGUUAUCUUUCUGUUAUGUUCUCGACCGUCUCAUUUUCUCGCUAUAUUACUGUCCUAGUAGUGUUAUCGAAUAAUUCUCAUGUCGUUGUAUUAGUUAGUCAGCUAGGAUGAGUUCUACCAUCACGUUGGGACUACUUUCGCCAAGUCGACAUUGCUC